UGAUAUAUAUAUAUAUAUAGUACGCAUGCUUCUUAUAAGAUUGUAUGUGUGUGUAUAUAUGUAUAAAUGUAUGGUAAAGAUGGCAGAUCCACAAGCAGUGAAGUCUCCAAUUAUUAUGAAAGUGGACAGUCCUGUCGAGGAUAGGAAGGAACAGGAAGAGAACGAAUCGAACAAUGAGGUAGCUGGGGGAGCUCCACAGGUUUGCUCACCGAACAGGAGAUCUUUCAUAGCGGCGUCUAGGUUCGGUGUGAAUCCGUUCGCGCUGAGACCGAACAACGUGUCCACGAAUUCACCCUCAUCGAAGAUGAGCAAAUCAGUGCUGAGGCCGUCACAGCUGGGGCAGAUGAAGCCGUUCGCACUGAAUCCGAGCAAACUGAACGCGUUCGCCAAACCUUCGAAUAAUAAGGAGGAGAUGGAUGAGGAUGAUGUUGCUGCUGUGACGACGACGACGACCACAGAUGAUGAUGCUGUUGCUGCUGCUGAUACGACGGAGGAGAGCAGUUCGAACGGUGAUGCGCCCAAAUUCAUGCCACUGAUCGUGUCGACGGAGAAGAGCGCCGGCGACAGCAGCAGUCUGAUAGGACCACCACCGUCGACGACGGGGAGCGCUUCGUCGCACAGCUUCGUCUUCGGGCAGAAUCUGCAGGAACGCGUCGUCGCCGAUGGAGCCGGCGAGGAGCCGAAACCGUCGACGAGCGUCCCGACGAACGGCACCAGCGACAUGCUCUUCAGCAGCGCCGCCGUCAAGGAGAGCCCCACCGUCUCGACGCCCAGCAAAACGUUGAGCGAAUCUGCACGCGAAUACGAGGAGCAGCGGGCGAACAAACGAAAGUACGAUGAGGUGGAGGUCGUCACCGGCGAGGAGAACGAGACGAACAUCCUGCAUCUCUGCUGCAAGCUGUUCGCGUUCGACAAGGCCGUGGGUAAUUGGCAGGAGAGAGGCAGAGGCACGCUCAGACUGAACGACCAGCAGAUCAAAGAUGCCGACGACAGGAGUUACACGCAAUCGAGAGUGCUCUUCCGCACCACCGGCGUCCUCAGGCUCAUCCUAAACACGAAAAUUUGGGCAGAGAUGACCGUCGAGCAGGCGAGCGCGAAGAGCAUCCGAUUCACGGCGAUGGACGCGUCCGGCGAAAUCAAGGUGUUCCUGGUGAUGGCCAAUCCGGAGGAGAUCAAGCAACUUUACAGGCAUCUCAAGGAGAGGCUCAGCAACGAGCAGAAACUGCAAGACCUGAAACGAGUCAACCGAAAGGUCGACAACAAAGACGAGGGUGACGUUGAGGAGGAGGAGGAAGACGACGACGAUGCGCAAAAGAAGGUGAAGAAGCUCAAGGACAGCGGUGAGGAAGUGGCGAAAGGGGACGGGGAUAAGAGCAAAUGAACCGCAGCGUGUCACGUAUAGUUAUUAUAUCAUUUUGUUCCCUUCCAAAUUUCAUCGUCGUCGUCGAGUGAAAUCAGUUUGUGAGAGAGCAUCCAACCAAGUGGAUUGCUGCAUAAGUGUUGUGCGUGUACGUGCGUCUUUUUGGGAUGCGAGAACUCAAACACACGGACAGGCAAUAAAAGUAAUUCAAAACAUAUUCCUUUUUUUAUAUAUAUAUGUAUACUAUCUCAGUUUUUUUUUGGGAGAGGAGCGAUUUUUUUUUCCGGACAAUCAAAGAGCCACGCCCACCCGUAAACGAAACCUGCAACUAACACCCGCCCCGCCCCCUUUUUUACCAAACUCCACCCACUAACAACGCCCCCGCCCCACACAGACAAGCGAGUUGGAUAGUUAUUAUUAUUAUAUUGUAAAAUUUAUACAUAUGCAGAUGGAAGAAGGAACAGAAAUCGUUUCUAUCUUUUUAUCUCUUUUUUUUUUUAAUUAUUAAUCUUAACGACUUGUUUUUCUUUUGCAACAUUCAAUAGUAAUAAAUAAAACUGGAGAGAGUAAUGCAACGGACAAUUUAUCAACUUCUCUAAAUGAAAAACAAACAAAACAAAACAAAAACGGUAUGCGUUUAUCUUAAUCAGUUUU